AUGUGCUGCUUCGACGACUGCUGCUGCUGCGGCGGCUGCUACGACUCGUUCUGCGACCGGUGCUGCCCCUGCAUCUCCUACGACACGCGCGAGACCAUCUUCGGCUGCUGCAUCUGCUUCCUCGUGCUCGCCGCCGUCGUGCUCUUCGUCGUGCUCCUGGUCGCCUACGGGUUCAUCCGCCACGUGGAGGUCGCCGUGGAGGCCGCCUCGCUGACCAGGUUCGCCCUCGUGACCUCCCCGGCCACCGCGCUCGCCUACAACCUCUCGCUCACGCUCACGGUCCGCAACCGGAACUGGGCCAUGAGCAUCAAGAACACCGAGCCGCUGGAGGCGGACUACAGCUUCGACGGCCAGCGGUUCGACCGCGUCAAGCUCGCCGGCAAGGGGGACGUCCACCCGGCGGGCAAGACCCGCGUGUACCACCUCGACUCCGGUGCGGACGGCGCGUACGUGGCGCUGGGGAACGCCGGCGUCGCCGAGUUCGGGAAGGAGAACGCCACGGGGCUGUUCCAGGUGGAGGUGGCGCUCGCCGGCGAGGUCAGGUACCAGGCGCACGUCACCAAGUGCAAGCUGGCCGCGACGUGCCCGCUCAAGCUGCAGCUCGCGCCGCCGGGGACGACGGCCGUCGUCUUCCAGAAGGUCAAAUGCAAGCUCGCCAAGCCCGACAAGAACUGCUAG